UCUCAGUCAUUGUGCUGUUGUGAGUUUGAGUGUGCUGACUGCUGAGAGAGAGCACUAGAGGAGCGCUCAGGGCUUCAGCAAGCUUUAGUUUAGUCUCACUGUGCUUUCAGACGAGUUACUAUUUAAAACAGCCAGAGAGAGAAAGAGAGCAAAAGAUACACAGGAGAUAAACAGCCACAGGCGCUGGAUAAGAACACACACACAGUUUGAAAGUGAGACGUGUGGAAACACUCAUGCUCAUCUCCUAAAGCUGUGACCCCUUCAACAGGAGAGAUGUGAUCGUUCUGUGUCACACACACACAGACUUAACGAACAUAUACCACACCUGCUCUGUCCUCAGGUGCUGUUCUGAAGGACCGGAUUGCUGAACGAGGACUGCGCACAGUUAGGGGCGAACAUGGACUACCUCUCCGGGAUUGUACUGCUGCUGUUGGGGCUUUUUGGAGCUGGAGCUCAGCGGAGCAAGAACAACGUACCCCGACUGAAACUCUCGUAUAAAGAAAUGUUGGAGUCCAAUAAUUUGCUCACUUUCAACGGAUUGGCCAACAGCUCUGCCUAUCACACCUUUUUAUUGGAUGAAGAGAGGGGGCGGCUGUUCGUGGGGGCAAAAGACCAUGUCCUGUCCUUCAACUUGAUUGACAUCAACAUAGACCAACAACUGAUAUCCUGGCCUCCUUCACCUUCUCGACGAGAUGAAUGCAAGUGGGCUGGAAAAGACGUCCAGAAUGAGUGCUCUAACUUUAUAAAGGUUCUGCAGCCAUUUAAUCAGACACACUUGUAUGUGUGCGGGACGGGUGCGUUCCACCCCAUCUGUUCUUAUGUGGAAGUGGGCAGACGACCAGAGGACAACAUUUUUAGGUUGGGGUCGUCACACUUUGAGAACGGUCGUGGUAAAAGCCCCUACGACCCUAAACUGCUGACAGCUUCCCUACUGAUCGCAGAUGGGGAGCUGUACGCUGGGACGUCAGCUGACUUUAUGGGGCGGGACUUUGCCAUUUUCCGAACUUUAGGAAAGCACCAUCCAAUCAGAACAGAGCAGCACGACUCCAGGUGGCUCAACGAUCCUAGAUUUGUGAGUGUGCAUCUCAUCCCAGAGAGCGACAACCCAGAAGAUGACAAGAUCUAUCUUUUCUUCAGAGAGAACGCCAUCGAUGGGGAACAGAUCAGCAAAGCCACACACGCCAGAAUCGGACAGCUGUGUAAGAACGACUUUGGAGGCCACAGGAGUUUAGUGAACAAAUGGACCACCUUCCUGAAAGCCCGUUUAAUCUGUUCCGUUCCAGGCCUAAACGGCAUCGACACACACUUUGAUGAACUGCAGGAUGUUUUUCUCAUGAGCUCCAAGGAUCCUAAGAACCCCAUUAUCUAUGCUGUAUUUACAACAUCCAGUAACAUCUUUAAGGGUUCAGCGGUAUGUAUGUACAGUAUGGCAGAUAUCAGGAGGGUGUUUCUAGGCCCCUAUGCACACAGAGAUGGACCCAACUACCAAUGGGUACCGUUCUUGGGUAGAGUACCGUACCCAAGACCUGGCACGUGUCCAAGUAAAACGUUUGACGGGUUUGAAUCGACAAAGGACUUUCCUGAUGAUGUCAUCACAUUUGCCAGAAGCCACCCGGCCAUGUACAACCCAGUCUUUCCCAUCAACAACCGUCCAAUCAUAAUCAGAACUGAUGUUGACUAUCAGUUCACUCAGAUAGUGGUGGACAGAGUGGAGGCCGAGGACGGCCAGUAUGACGUCAUGUUUAUUGGCACUGACAUGGGCACGGUUCUUAAGGUGGUGUCGAUCCCCAGAGGAACAUGGCAUGACCUCGAGGAAGUCCUGCUGGAAGAGAUGACAGUGUUCAGAGAACCAACUGCUAUUACUGCCAUGGAACUCUCCACAAAGCAGCAACAGCUCUAUCUGGGAUCCGGCCUCGGAGUUUCUCAGAUGCCUCUGCACCGUUGUGACGUGUACGGGAAGGCUUGCGCGGAGUGCUGUCUGGCUCGUGAUCCGUACUGUGCUUGGGACGGCUCGCAAUGUUCCCGAUACUUCCCGACUGCUAAGAGGAGAACGAGGCGUCAGGACAUCAGGAACGGAGACCCUCUGACUCAAUGUUCGGAUGUACAGCAUAAUGAUGAUGCAGAUGGAGACAGAGGUCUCCUGGAUAAGACAGUAUAUGGAGUUGAGAACAGCAGCUCUUUUCUGGAGUGCAGUCCUAAAUCUCAGCGUGCUCUUAUUUACUGGCAGUUCCAGAGAUACGGAGAGGACCGCAAACUGGAGGUCAAGUCCGAUGAGCGGGUGUUGGGCACGGAACAGGGUCUGUUGAUCCGAACUCUCCAUCAGAAGGAUUCAGGUGUGUAUUAUUGCCACGCUGUUGAGCACGGCUUCAUCCAGACCCUCCUCCGCCUCACGCUCAACGUAAUUUCCACCGACCACCUGGAUGAUCUCCUGCACCGAGACGCUCCUGACAGCAAUGAGCCGACCAAUGGCAAGAUGUGGUACCGCGACUUCAUGUCCCUCAUCAACCCGCCCAGCCUCAACAGCGUCGACCAACUCUGCGAACAGGUUUGGAAGCGAGAACGCAAACAGCGCAGGAAGAAAGCCAAUCUACUGAAUGCCAGCCAAUCACACACCAGCCAGCUCCUCCACUCUGGCCAAUCAAACGCCAGUAAGUGGAAGCUGCUGCAGGAAAACAAGAAAGGGCGCAACCGCAGGACCCACGAGAUGCAGCGGGCACCCCGAAGCGUGUGACCACCCUCGUGCCAAACAGAAACAGAGGGGAGAGACUUCUACUGUUCCACAGAGUGAAACGCUGAGACUGGAAGUGUGUGUGAGAGAGAUAUUGACUUUCUAACCCGAGCACACACUCAUUAUCACCUAUGCAUUUUGACUCUGAGAGGAUCACAAGAUGCUAAGAGACCUGUAAAUAUGACAUAAUAUAAAAAUAUAGAGGUAAACAGGUUUCAGUCUGUUUUAUUGGAUGAGGGACAAAAAUAAACAUGGACGAUACUGAAAGAUAACUGUUUAACCUCUGUUUAGCUAAAGCACAAAGAACUUGUUAGUAAUAUUAUGUGUACAGAGUGUGUCAACCUUAACAAAUACUAUAUAUCUCUGUAUUGACAUUAAACGUUAGGCCCUUCUCUGUACGUAUCCAUUAAUUAAGGAAUUUAAGUGCUUCUUUUUCCCCCUCUUUCUGUCUUCCUCCUUGUGUUUUCUAUUUUCAUCCGCCCCAAAAGCAACACCUCAGCAGAUCCAUUAAAGGAACUCUGUUGUUCCUCUGAAUAAGCUCUUCCAGAAAUGAACUUUUUCUGCUAUUUUUUUAUUCAUAUUUAAUUUUUUACUGUGCCAGAGUAUAUCUAAAAUAUUACAUCAUAGAUUUAUUUUAAUAUUAGUUGUCCUCAUUUUAAACCACUGCAUCAUGAGGGUACUCAAACCCUCUUUUCUCCUCAGUUAAGUUAUUUGCUGACAUUAUUUCAUCUCUGUGUUCAAGUUUCCACGUUUAUAUGGUUGAAUAAUUUAAAUUCAGUGGCAUUUAUUUAAGGGGUACUGUCAUUAUGUUGUUGUUUUUUUCAUGUUUGAUACAUCUAUUAUGGCAUAUUGGUUUGCAGAACAUUUACAAAAGACCAGAUGGCAGGCAGAUGUUUUUUCAAAAGAUAAAAUCAGA